UAUUACGGAGAGGUGUGUAUUUGCAUCUGACUCUUUUACACGCCCCUCUCACUCUGACUCUGGUGGGAUAGACUCUGCACGCUUUGGUUCAAUCUGGUUAGACUGAUCCAGACUUGGUUGACUGACUUCUGACGCCCAACAAUGCAUACCGAGCCACAAAAGUUUGAAAAGUUAUCAUUACGCACGGGGCUCGCGGCGAGGGGACUCAGGAGUGACAGCAGCUGUGCGCCCAUGGAUCAGACUACAAGUGGUGGUUUCUCUGCAUCCCUGUGGAAAGUCAUUUGAAGAGUCAGGAGGAGACAUGAACAGCGUCGCUACAGUGCCAGAGGAGAGCCAUUAGUCUGUCAGUGUUGGAUUUACCAGAGCUCAGAAGGCUUACAGCUGGAAUCUCUAUAAUUUCUGACAGUUUUGCCUCCAGUAGCACAAUUAAGUGUGUGAACAAUUCUUGGAUAAUAACCUACACUGCAAAGUCACUUUUGGAGACGUUGGAUCUGAAUUACGCACGGGAUUCCUCUAACAAAUGACAGCUUCUAGUUGUUUUGUUGCUCUUCCACUUCAUCCCCUCAGCUCCCUUCAUCUCACUGAUCAACUAUAUAAGCCCCUUCACCAGGUUAGACUCGGGGAGUGAAAGCCUCGCUUUCCCUUCCAGUAAGCCAGCGUGCGGCCGCGGGCCACCUGGCCGAGGAUGUGGGGAGGAGGAUUCCCGAUGUCUGGCACCGUGAUUGUGACAAUGCUCCUGGUCAUCAUCGACGUGAAAGCCAGUGGGGAGUAUUGUCACGGCUGGCAGGACUCCCAGGGCGCGUGGAAAGAAGGGUUCCAGUGCCCGGAGAAGAUCGACGCAGAGGACGCGAUCAUUUGCUGCGGGAAAUGCGAGCUGCGCUACUGCUGCUCCAGCACUGACGCGCGGCUGGAUCAGGGGAGCUGCGAUAACGACCGGCAGGCUCAGGAGCCAGGCACAGGGACCAAGGAGAACAAGGACUCCGGCGCAGUGCCCAUUUAUGUGCCGUUCCUGAUUGUGGGCUCGGUGUUUGUAGCUUUCAUCCUGGUGGGAUCUGUGGUCGCUGUGUGUUGCUGCCGCUGCCUCCGACCCAAACAGGAACUGUCAUCAGGAGGUGCGACAGGAGGAGCUGCCAGCGGUGGGCGCCUCUUGGAAACCAUCCCUAUGAUGGCCAACACUUCCAGAGGCUCAUCAUCCCGCCAGUCCAGCACAGCCACCUCAUCCAGCUCCUCUGCCCCACCCGCUGCGCCUCGCCCUGCUCCCCCACAACUCAUGCGGGCUCAGGCCUCUUGCUGCCUGCCGCCUGACGCCAGCGUCUUCGUCAACAUGCCCACCAAUUUCUCUGUACUCAACUGCCAGCAGGCCACCCAAAUCAUGCCUCACCAGGGGCAGUUCUUACACCCGCAGUACAUUGGCUAUGCUCACCCUGUCUCCCCUACCCCAGCCUACCUGGACCCCACCCAGGGAGGAUACAGACCCCUUCAGUCCCCCUGCCCUCCUCCCACCGGAGGGUCCAGUAUCACCAGUGACCAGAAAUACCCUCCAGUGACAGUGUGAUGAGGGGCCAACAUGCAGACCACUCUGCCACUUUGUUGUGAAGACUAACUUGUGAAGUUUAACCUGUGAGGGCUGUGCCACAGACCUUUUUGGGGAUGCUGCCAGAGUGGAAAAAGAAAGGCAGGGAGUCAAACUCACAUGAAGGACUCAUAAAGCCAUUGCUGGCAGCAGGGCCUGCCCUGCUAUUGUGUGUGGUGUGUCUGUUUAGUGUGUCAUAUGAUCUCUUGCCAGACUGGAAUGAGCUAAGCUCAGUCUAUGAUGGGGUAAGAAGGAUGCAUAAACAAUUUUCUGUCUUGAUGCAAAGAUUAAACUGCAUAUUGGAGAGUUACACAGCCCAGAUGGGUGAUAAUGCACAGCUAACUGCAGCCUGCAGCUCACAAAGAUUGUGCGUGUGUUUGUAUGUAUGUGUAUGGGAGAGUGGGAAAAAGGAUUUGUUGGCUUGUAUUUGCUUGAAUGAGAUGAGGGAUGACUGGAUGAUUUAUAGCAGUGGACUGUAUGAGAAGUGGCUAUUCAAGCAACAAAAAAAAAAAAAAAAAUUGUGACCACAUGCUGUGUUUAUGCCAUGUUCACAUCUGCACUUGUGAAUGGUUGUGAAAGGUUUAUACAAUACAGUAUACUGUGUGUUUGUGUUGAAAGAAAGUAUGUGAAAAGAUGUUUGUACUGUAUGUGCGUGAGUUUGAGAGAGAGUGUGAAGUGUGGAGGGACAUGGUCGCAUGAGUAACUGUGAGUGAACUGUGUGUAAUGGGAAAUGCAGGUGGUGUGAUGUGAAAGGCAGUUGCAGUCUCCCUGUAGACCAUUUAAACUCUAAUGAAGUGAACACAGGACACAGACUGUGACGCUCCGCCCUCCUAUACGACCUCCCUCCUGCCACCCAAAAAGUAAAAACACAAAAAACCUCUGCCCCAUACUGCCCUGAGCGGAAACACAGACAAAAAAAAAAAAGAAGAAAAAUUUCAUGCAAGGUUGGCAGUUAAUGUACCUGAGUGUGUGAGUGUGUGACAGAGGAAGAGUGAGAGGCAGCUCUCUUACGAUUACCGAGUUAAUUAUUCAGCAAAAACUUUGCCAAAUGUCCCCUUUACUUCUCUCCUGUGAGAGGUGUGUGUGCAUGUGUGUGUAUUUAACACUCCCACAGUUCAGUGCCUUAGCAGAGGGCAUGGGCAGCUCCAGGGCAGCUUUGAGUCAUUAUUUUCCACUUAAGAAAAAAAAGGCACAGAAAUUGCAGAAAUUAUUGGUAGUUAAAAUAAAAUAAAUAAAUAAAAGAGUGAAACUUGCAUAUUUUUUCAGCCAUUCUGAGUACUGUUGUGCAGCUGGGGUCACUGGUAACUCCUUUAAUUCACCGGUAAUAUGCAACUUGAGGAAUGUGCUGCUCGACUGAGUGUGCAGCCUGACCCAUACAGUCCCAUACCGUAGUAUAGGAACCAGUAUGUCUGUGUACCUCAUCUGUACUCCCAAGCACAAUGUCUGUAAGAUGCAGUAGGCAGCUUGUGUGUGACAAAGUAUCUGUAAAAUGGUGGAUGAACUUUGGUCCAAUGCGUUUUCUUCCUCUUGUGAAAUACAGUGAUUUGUUACAGGGGUGACACUUUUCAUAUGAAUUCUAAAAAAUAAAAUACUUUUAAACCAGGAAGUGUGUGUCGAGAGCUUAUGUUUCAGUAUUUUAUCACUGCCAUAAAUAUUAAACAACCAAAGUUUUGUGUUUUAAAACCCGGGAGAGAAAUUUCUGUGUUGCCGUUGUCCCACUGAGUGAGUGAUACUUACACACCAACACAUGGAUACAAGGCUUGCUUUAAAAAAAAAACAAAAAAACAAACAAAAAAACAAAUGUGUGGUGAAUGGAUUUGCACAGACCUGUCUCAAAUUCAUAAUCCCUUGAAACAUAAAAACUCUCUUACUUCAUCUAUUAGAAACACAGAUGGCUCUACCACCCGCAGAGGACAGAACAAAUACCAGUCACAUCACCUGCCACACAGAGACGAGGAACAAUAAACCGCAACAACGGACGCUUCAAAGCUUCGGCGACGUGGAGGUGUAGUUUUGGCAGUCUCCUCCAGAAAACUCAGCUACGGUAAUGUGGAAAAGCGGAGCAGGCCGGGCCGUUGGGGAGUCACUGGGGAGGAGUUGAAAAGCAUAAAUGGCUCCUGCUCGGCUGCGGACCGAUGGAUUCUCCAUACUGGAGCAGCUGUAAUCGGUUUGGGCUGGGCCACAUCCAGGAAGGUGGGUGGGAAAGGGAUCUCCAGUUGGACUCCAGUGUCCAGGGAGCUGUGGUGUGCAUUAAUCGGCUAAUGGUCUAUCUCCAACAACUCUCCUGAGCUUGGAGGGAGCGUGGGAGAGGUUUGAUCCUGAUAGUAUGAAAAGUCAUAUGCAUCUGAUGUACAAAUCAAACCUUUCUGAUCCAUUUUCAAGCAUAAAAUGAAAAACCAAACUCCUCCCACUACACUGGAGCCACAGUAUCACUCAGAAAACCUCACCUGAUUGCAUGAGUAGACAGCUUACAGUCAACAGACAGAGACAUUUUGUCAGGCCAUGGAUUGAUUAGAUUUAAUGAUUAGGACUCAGAUGGACAACCCCCCUCUCCCACCCCUUCAGUCUUGCAUUCCUGAACCAGUGUCCUCAACACAGAGCAUACAGACAAUGGACUCUACAUUCAGACAAAUCCCAGAGCCAGAAAAACACAUGAUCCAGGCGAGAGUCUCAAUCACAUCCCGUCUGUUCGAACGCCUAUUAGCACUAGUUCAAGUAAAAUAUUCCCUCUAAAACAUGUCUUGACAUAUGAGUACAAAAACAGGCAUUAAUGAAAAGAGAAAAAAAAUAUAAACACAUACACAUUAAUGUCCACUUUAAUAAUAAUUAAAAAAAAAAAAAAAAAAAGAAAAUAAAAAAAGAACAGUCCAGUAAAGAGUGGGAAUCCAACAGAAAUGAGGAAGGAAGCGCUAAUACCAGGCUCGCUGAUUCUAUGUCAGCUGACGAUGCUAGACAGGCGGCAUCAGGAAUCACAGGAGCGGUCAACAAGGAUUAAAAACAAGGAAAGACCAAGUGGAUUUUUUUUUUUUUUUUUUUUUUUUUUUAAACUGGCCAGGAGGCGAGGAGAUGUGCAGCGGAGGAGGAGAGACGUGGAAGCUGCAGAGCGGCAAGGAGAUGGAGAGAUAGGAGGGAAGAAGUGAAGGGAGAGAAAAGCAAGAGGAGGUCCCAGUGGGGUAAGGAAGGGGUUGCAGCAGGGUGGUGGUCCAGUUUUUGGGUGUGCGCUGUGCCUCAGUGGCAUCUCUGUGGUGUUUGGCAGUGAGGCUUGUAGCUGCGAUGGGACGAAGUUGGGGCUGUAGCUGGGGGGUGUGGGUGUGUGCAGGGCUCCAGUGGUCCUCGGUCUAUGCUUCCCUCCCUCCCGUUUUAAGGAAUUCAUCUGCGCUUGCUUGCGUGUUUGUGUGUGUGUGUGUGUGUGUGUGUGUGUGUGUGUGUGUGUGUGUGUCUGUGUGUGUGUGUGUAUA